AUGGAAGUUUGGUUACCUAUAGCAAAGUCAAGUUCAUUGAUAUCCAAUUUCGGUCGUAUCAAGAAAAAAAAAGGUAUUAUUUUAAGGCAAAAUGCUUGCAAAAGGGAUGGUUAUGUAAAAACAAAUAUUAAUAUUAAUGGUAUUCGCACAACAAUCAGAGUUCAUAUAUUAGUCACGAGAGCCUUCAUUCCUAACUCAGAAAAUAGACCAUAUGUUAAUCACAUUAAUGGAAUCAAACAUGAUAAUCGGGUUGAUAAUUUAGAAUGGGUAACUUCCAAAGAGAAUGCUGAACGUAAGGUAUUCCUGAAUACUGGUCAUGGUAGUUCUAGACGAAUUGUGCAGAAAACAUUAGACGGGAAAGUUGUCCAGAUUUGGGAUUCUAUUCGCCUCGCAGGCAAUUCACUUGAAAUUACAAGAACAAGUAUUUCGGAAUGUUGUAGCAGAAAACGAAGCACCGCUGGUGGUUGGUGUUGGAUGUAUUAUGAAGAUUACAUAGAACCAGAUCUCGAUGAAGAAUGGAAAGAAAUAGAGCUUGAUUCACGAAAGUUUAACGUUUCAUCUCUAGGCAGAGUUCAGUUACCGAAUGGUGUAAUCACCCAAGGAUCAUUAUAUGCAGGCUAUUACCGAAUUGGCCGAGUUCAUAAAUAUCGGGUUCACCGUUUUGUGGCAUUGGCAUUUUGCUCCAAAGAAGAAGGCAAAGAAUAUGUCAAUCAUAUUGACGGGGAUUCCACUAAUAACAACGCAACGCAUCUAAUCUCGAAUGGUGUACACAGAAAGAAAAUUGUAAACAUGCCAUACGCCUCAGGCUUCAAGUCAAUCAACAUGCAGUCAAACAGAUUUUCGCUGAUGGUACUUUCCAAGAAUUUCCAUCCUUGGCCGAGGCUCAACGUACAACUCAGAUUGAUAGUCGAAAUAUUAGGGCAGUAUGUCAUGGACUUCGAGUUCACGCUGGUGGGUAUCGUUGGCAAUACAUAA